AUGGACUUGAGAUCGAGUGACCAAUUGGGCAGAACCAAAGACCGACUCAGCCUUUACCAACAACAGCUGCUUCCACCACCAGCAUCCUCCACCGCUGUCAACAACUCCAUUGCUACAAGCACAUCAGCUACAAUGUCUCGCGACCCUAUUACUUGCCACGUCCUAAAUACUCUGUCGGGUACUCCGGCGGCGAACCUCCCGGUGACGCUGACUCUCUUGUCAGCCCCUUCAAGCAGUCAAAGCCCCGUCACUUUCACCGCAACCACCGACGCUGAUGGUCGUGUCAAAAACUGGACGCCUGCGACGAAUUGCCCCGCCCCUGUUCCUGCUAUCCUUUCAUCCCUCCCGGCAGCUGACAGCAAGACGCACUGGUCCGUGCGAUUCGAGGUUGGACCAUGGUAUGAAGCGCAAGGAGUCGAAAGUUUCUGGCCUGAGGUGGAGGUGAAGUUCACGGUGAAGGGACGCGGCCGAGAAGGGGAGGAGGGAUGGCGGCACUAUCAUGUGCCGGUACUCUUGGGGCCUUGGAACUACUCAACUUAUCGCGGAUCGUGA